CUUUAGUAUGCUUCAAGCGGUGGGCGGGGACGCUUCUCGUUAAAUUUGUUUUGAAUUUUAACUAAUUAUUUUUAUGGUACCUAAAUAUUGUUUUCCGAAAUGGAUCGUAGGCUUUUGAUAAUUUGUUUCUUAGGUGUAGUAUAUUUUGCCGCGUUCAGAGGAGCUCUUGCCAUCAAGUGCUGGCACUGUCAGAGUGACUCCGAUCCCUUCUGCAAAGAUCCUUUUGACAAUCGCACAGCCAAGACCCAAGACUGCUCCCUAGAGGAGGAGCUGCCGCACUUGCGGGGUGUCCCUGCCACCAUGUGCCGCAAGAUCCGCAUGAAAAUUUAUGGCGAGUGGCGGUACCGCCGUGACUGCGCACGGUUAGGAGAGCCUGGCCUGGGAGGCGAUGAGCGCUACUGCAUCUACAGGAGCGGGACCUUCAACCUGCACACGGAAUACUGCACCUGCAACGACAAGGAUAACUGCAACUCCGGCCCCCACGGUCCUAAAGGGGGGGUUGUCCUACUACUGCCCUUGCUGAUGGGGGCGUGGAGGGCGCUGGCUUCAUAGGGACCCUCCACCCUUGGCUUGGGUCGUGAUACACCCACCUAGGGGGCCUGCUUCGUGAAGGACUCAAAUCGAGAAAGCAUGGAUCAAUGGGCCAUUUUGCUUGAGCAAAAGAUGUUAAGGGCGUGGCAUUUAAAUAAGCUAAAAUACUAUCGUUGCAAUAAAUACAAGUUGUAAAAUAAAUAAUGUCCGUGCAAUGCUGUCGGCAAUCAAAUUUUAGUUAAUGGCGUGGAGGAUUUUCAAUUUGCAACUUGAUGCUUUUAAGCAGUGUUUUCUAAGCGUCAGUGCAUGAAGUACAAACAUUCAGCUGCUGAACACUACAGCCGAUUGUCGGGAGCAUUAGAGCUACUUGAGUGUUACUGUGCAAUGUUUACUAAAUUGUGCAAUGUUUAAAUUUGUUCCAAAAUUAUUUUAGUUACCAGUUAUGCUGUCAUUUUUUCUCGUGUCCAAACACAUACAAUGUGUUUAAAUUAAAAUACGGCAACUAUUGAAUAGUUAAUGGUGCAGGUGGCCUGCAAUGACGCUUGUUGGUGCGUUUUUAUUCCGUCCGUGUUCCAAGCGUGCAUUUUCUAGAGGGCAUUUAUAAUGAGAACUUUCAUGCGUAAUUGCACGCGACGCGCUGCCUUGUGCCACUUAGAAAAGAUUCCAACUACGGAAAAAAAUUGUCGUCUCCUUAGACAUCGUCUAAUGCGCGGUUUAAUUUUCCCUGUACCACUUAAGUUAUUAUUUUUUUAAUUUAGAGCGCAAGUCUUUAUACUUAAAAAGACCAAUCGUGAAAAGGUUUUAGCCCUGUUAACAUGUGUCUCAUCUAUGUUUUAGAUGGAACAAUUUUUACCCUCUCUUAAUCCCUCCUCUCAACUUGUUGUAACGGAUCUUUUCCUUUCCAAGCACCAGGUGUUUUGUAUAUACAUUUUCAUAUAUAUAGUUUGUCCAAGUCUCAAAAUUUAAAUUGUUAAACAUUCUUGUGUAAACGAUCAAAAUGUAUAUGCAUCUAGCAUGCGAAUGUUGAUAAGUUGAAGGGCGUCAAGCUUUAUUGUGCCUGUGGGCAGCAUUAACUAAAAUUAUUAUUAUAGAAUAGGUGUUACGAAUUCUCAGUCGCCAGCUGAGGUAGGUUUAGAAUUUUUGGCAUUGAAUAUAUCUUAUGAUAUAUAGGCGCUAGCUCAAGCUACUCUGCUUUAAAGUGAACGAUUCCGUCCAAACGAUCUUAUUUAAGAUAAUGAUAGUUUUUAGUUUUAGUUAGUAUAGAUGUAGGUUGUGAGAUAGUUCAUUUUAUUUUUUUCAACUUCGGCAAGGUAUCGGUCGUUUACAAAUAGUAGACGUCAGAUUUCAUCAGUUUUGUAUCACUGAAAGCGCAACGUUACAUCCUUGCCAUUGCUAUCGAUGAUAUCGUUUCAUUUCUAUUUCAGAUCAUUCCAUCAUCACUGUCAUCGAACUAUUUCCCGUUUGCGUGAUAGCGUCCGCUUGAUCAUUCAACUCGCCACUCGUACAGUUGCUCAGCAGUGUUAGGAGUUUCAACUAUGUUUGUUUAGUCAAGCUAAACAUCUUUUUAUUGAUAUUUGCUGUCUUUGUUCAGCUCGAUUUAGGGGUGGGAAAGUUAUUCAAUUAGAUUUACAUAUUUGAUUACAUUAUUCUUGUAUCAUUUACCAGAGUCGCUGUUCGCAAUUUUCUUGAAAAUGGCAGCUGAAAAAGUGUUGAUAAAAUAUUCUGAGUGUAAAAAAAUUUGCUUUUAAACCGACAAGAAUAUAUUUUUUAUAAAUUGAUUCGGUUCAAAUAAUGUGGUUUUUCAACACAGUGUACGUGGGAGUUGUUAAAUUGUCUAUCUUUUCUGUAAACCAAUUGUUAUACAUAAUCUCUGAAAAUAAUUUUCUCUGUACAGCAUCAAAAUACGAUGUAUCUAAUAAUUUCAUUUGAUCACAAAUUAUUACUCAACAAUUAUGUAUUAUAGAAAUUGUUUAAUAAAACAUCUGUUCGAGG